AUGGCAGGACAACAUGAAUACAGUUUUUUCGGCGCCGUAGAAAAGAGCUUCGACAAAGCUGCCAAAUUUACCAGCAUCGACCCCGGUUUGCUGGAGCAGAUAAAACAGUGCAAUUCGGUAUACAGGAUGCACUUCCCCGUAAAAAUUGGUGAUAAGAUUGAGGUCAUUAAGGCUUAUCGCGUACAGCAUUCGCACCAUAAAACCCCCUGCAAGGGCGGUAUCCGUUUUGCGCCUUCGGUUAAUCUUGACGAGGUAAUGGCACUGGCUGCUCUGAUGACCUAUAAAUGCGCCAUCGUAAACGUACCCUUUGGCGGUGCGAAAGGCGGCAUUAGUAUCGACCCCAAAAAAUACACGCCUUACGAGCUGGAAAAAAUUACCCGGCGCUAUACCCAUGAGCUGAUCAAGAAAAACUUCAUAGGACCUGGUACAGAUGUGCCUGCCCCCGACUAUGGUACAGGGGAGCGCGAAAUGGCCUGGAUACUGGAUACCUAUACCAGCAUGCGUCCGGGCGAAAUUGAUGCCCUGGGCUGCGUAACCGGUAAACCCGUUACACAGGGUGGUGUUCGCGGCCGUCGUGAAGCUACCGGCCUGGGUGUUUUUUACGGCUUGCGCGAGGUCUGCAAUAUGCCCGACGUGAUGCAGCGCCUGGGGCUAAGCAUAGGGGUAAAAGACAAACGCGUGAUUGUACAGGGGCUGGGUAACGUAGGCUACCAUGCAGCCAAAUUUUUCCGCGAAGGGGGUGCAAAAAUUGUAGCGCUGGCAGAAUAUGAGGGCGCUAUUAUGAAUGCUGAUGGGUUGAAUGAAGAAGCCGUUUUUCAACACCGCAAAAAAACAGGUUCUAUCCUUAAUUUUCCCGGCGCUACCAACCUGGCCAAAUCGGGCGAUGCAUUGGAACUGGAUUGCGACAUACUGAUUCCGGCGGCAUUGGAAAAUGUAAUUGAUGGUACCAACGCACAAAAAAUAAAAGCAAAAAUUAUUGGCGAAGCCGCCAACGGACCGUUAACCCCCGAUGCAGAUGAAGUGUUUGAAAAGAAAGGAGUGCUGGUAGUACCUGAUAUGUACCUGAAUGCCGGUGGUGUAACCGUCAGUUAUUUUGAAUGGUUAAAAAACCUUAGCCAUGUGCGUUAUGGCCGUAUGGAAAAGCGGUUUACAGAAAAUAUGAACAGCCAUAUACUGGGGCAGAUUGAAGAACUGACCAGUAAAAAAGUGAGCGCCAAGGAAAGAGAUUUUAUCAUGCAUGGGGCAGAUGAAGCAGACCUGGUGUACAGCGGACUGGAAGAAACCAUGAUUGCUGCUACCCGCGAAGUGAUGGAGGUAUGGAAAGCCAAUCCUUCUAUCCCCGACAUGCGCACGGCUGCCUAUGUUGUAGCCAUCAAUAAAGUAGGCACCAGCUAUGCAGAGCUGGGCAUAUUCCCAUAG